AUGAAGCUGAAAUCAGAUCAUAUUCAGGGACACGUCGAACGUGACCCCGUGACCAAGGAAGUGGAUCGAAAGAAGGUUGUGUCGUUUCGAUGUGACAAGAAAGAAGAUAUCAUAAGCAGGCAGGGCACGUGGUCCAAAGGAAAGGUUCAGAGCAUCAGACGAAGACAGCGGCCAAAGAACGACAACGAGCAUGGCGUACGUCAAUGCGAUCAGAUGAAAUCACUCGACACAGGGACGCUUUUGUCGAACAUCUGUCGUCUGACGUCGUUGCAGAUCAACGCUAAACCAAGCACUCACUCACGCACUGACUCGGCCUGCCAAAAUCCGGUCCCAACAGCGCAGCACGAAGAAUGCUUGCCUCCAGACCAGCAACCGCAGCUGCACCGGUGGUCGCUUCUUCUAGUUUUUGACGCAUGA